AAAUUGGUAGAGCCAGAAGGGAUGGAAAUUUAGCGCAUAGUUUUAUUUUUUAUGCAAAAGGAGAUACUCGUAGUAUAUUAAUAAUAUUAACAGCAGGACGUGCGAGUAUUAAUAAUAUAUCUCAAACAAAUAUAUUAAGUUUGGAAGAGGAAUCGAUUGAUGAAAUAGAGCAUACUGAAAUAAUUCAUCAAUGA